AUGCAUACUGCUGAAUUUUUGGAAACUGAGCCAACAGAAAUUUCAUCUGUUCUAGCUGGUGGUUAUAAUCAUCCAUUGUUGAGACAAUGGCAAAGUGAGCGUCAACUAACAAAAAACAUGUUAAUUUUCCCACUCUUCAUUUCUGAUAACCCAGACGAUUUUACAGAAAUUGACUCACUACCCAAUAUCAACAGAAUUGGUGUCAAUAGGUUAAAAGAUUACUUGAAGCCGUUGGUUAGCAAAGGUUUACGUUCUGUGAUAUUGUUUGGGGUGCCUUUAAUCCCAGGUACCAAAGACCCAGUGGGCACAGCAGCUGACGACCCGGCAGGGCCAGUUAUUCAAGGUAUUAAAUUCAUUCGUGAAAAUUUUCCUGAAUUGUACAUUAUUUGCGAUGUAUGUCUCUGUGAAUACACUUCUCAUGGUCAUUGCGGGGUCCUGUAUGAUGAUGGUACCAUAAACAGAGAACGUAGUGUCUCUAGAUUAGCUGCUGUGGCAGUUAACUACGCCAAAGCAGGUGCGCAUUGUGUGGCUCCUAGUGAUAUGAUCGAUGGUAGGAUCAAAGAUAUCAAAAGGGGCUUGAUAAAUGCAAAUUUAGCUCACAAGACCUUUGUAUUAUCAUACGCAGCUAAGUUUAGCGGUAACCUGUAUGGUCCUUUCCGUGAUGCUGCUUGUUCAGCUCCUUCCGAUGGUGAUAGGAAGUGUUAUCAACUGCCUCCUGCUGGUCGUGGUCUGGCACGUAGGGCAUUGGAAAGAGACAUGAGCGAAGGUGCUGACGGUAUUAUCGUCAAGCCUUCUACUUUCUACCUAGAUAUUAUGAGAGAUGCAAGUGAAAUCUGCAAAGACUUGCCAAUCUGUGCCUAUCAUGUCUCAGGUGAAUACGCAAUGCUACAUGCUGCUGCUGAGAAGGGUGUUGUUGAUUUGAAAACAAUUGCUUUCGAGUCUCACCAAGGAUUCUUGAGAGCAGGUGCCAGAUUAAUCAUUACUUAUUUAGCUCCUGAAUUCUUGGACUGGUUAGAUGAAGAGAACUGA